AAUGUCGUAUUUGGUUUUGCGCUUUUUGUACUAAGAAUUUGUGAGCGAGCUGUUGAAUUAGGUGUUUUAUCCGCUAUAUUAAGGAUAUACACGGCGCACUUGAUGGAAUGAUUGGAUUUUUGUGAAAAUACUGAGCGUUUGUUAAAUUAAGUGAAAAUGGCCGAGCUGCUAGAUUUCAGUCAGAAACUGAACAUCAAACUGCUUGACAAUGUGGUGAUUAGUAUGUAUGCAGGCAAGGGUGAAUCGCAGAGGAUAGCACAAGAAGUUUUAACAACACUGAAAGAACAUCCUGAUGCUUGGACAAGAGUUGACACGAUUCUAGAAUAUUCAACAAACCAAGAAACGAAAUACUAUGCGUUGCAAAUUUUGGAACAAGUUAUCAAAACACGUUGGAAAGUCCUACCAAGAAAUCAAUGCGAAGGCAUUAAAAAAUAUAUCGUUUCUUUAAUCAUAAAAACUAGUUCUGACCCGGAAGUUUUUGAAAGCAACAGAACAUACCUAAAUAAGUUGAAUAUGAUAUUAGUACAAGUGUUGAAGAGAGAAUGGCCUAAAAAUUGGGAAAGUUUCAUACCAGAUAUCGUGGGUGCGAGCAAAACAAACGAGAGUCUCUGUCAAAACAACAUGAUUAUUUUAAAGUUGCUAAGUGAGGAACUGUUUGAUUUCGCGUCCGGUCAAAUUACGCAGACUAAAGCAAAGCAUUUGAAAGAUACAAUGUGUUCAGAGUUUUCUGCAAUAUUUCAUUUAUGUCAAUUCGUUCUUGAAAAUUCGCAAAAUCCCCCACUCGUUAACGCAACCUUGGAAACAUUACUAAGAUUCCUAAAUUGGAUUCCCCUCGGUUACAUUUUUGAAACUAGUCUUAUAAAUACUUUGAUCUUCAAAUUCUUACCUGUCCCUAUGUUUCGCAACGUCACUCUCAAGUGUCUCACUGAAAUAGCUGGAGUCACUGUCAGCAAUUACGAUGAUAUGUUUGCAGCGUUGUUUACCCAAACUAUGGCGCAGUUAGAGAUGAUGCUGCCGCUGCAAACGGACAUUAAAGGUGCUUACGCUUGCGGACAAGACUCAGAGCAAAAUUUUAUUCAGAAUUUGGCACUGUUCCUGUGUACUUUUUUAAAAGAACACACUAGUAUUGCUGAGAGUCAAGUUCAUAAUUUAGGAAAAGCUUUGCGUUAUUUGUUAUUAAUUUCUGAAGUAGAAGAUGUAGAAAUAUUUAAGAUCUGCCUUGAAUACUGGAAUAGCUUCGCUUUUCAACUAUAUCAAGAAGUACCCCAUGGCAUCGCUAUAUUCGCUAACAAAGCAAAAGACUAUGGUAACUUCUACCACGAUUUAUACAAAGAGGUUCUCAAUAAAAUUAGAUAUAUAAUGAUUUCUCGAAUGGCAAAGCCUGAAGAGGUGCUCGUUGUAGAAAAUGACAAUGGCGAAGUGGUGAGAGAAUUUAUGAAAGAUACAGAUUCUAUUAAUUUAUAUAAAAACAUGAGGGAGACGCUCGUUUACCUUACUCACUUAGAUUGUGCCGACACAGAAAGUAUUAUGACCAAUAAGCUACAAAAUCAAGUGAAUGGGACGGAAUGGUCGUGGAAAAACCUUAACACGCUUUGUUGGGCAAUUGGUAGUAUAUCUGGGGCAAUGCAUGAAGAAGACGAAAAACGAUUCCUUGUUACUGUUAUUAAAGACCUCUUGGCACUUUGCGAACAGAAACGAGGCAAAGAUAAUAAAGCUAUAAUAGCCUCCAACAUUAUGUAUGUAGUUGGUCAGUAUCCAAGAUUUCUCAGAGCUCAUUGGAAAUUCUUGAAAACUGUUGUAAAUAAAUUGUUUGAAUUUAUGCACGAAACCCACGACGGGGUCCAGGACAUGGCAUGUGAUACUUUUAUUAAGAUAGCACUGAAAUGCAGGCGACAUUUCGUAACAACACAAAUUGGGGAAUCUUGUCCCUUUAUCGAAGACAUCUUGGCUUCAAUUCCGACCAUCAUUUGUGAUCUGCAGCAACAACAGGUUCACACUUUUUAUGAAGCUGUUGGUUACAUGAUUUCAGCUCAAGUUGACACCGCUACACAAGAGGCUUUGAUAGAAAAAUAUAUGAUGUUACCCAACCAGGUCUGGGACGACGUUAUAAGCAAAGCUAGCAAAAAUGUCGACUUCCUGAAGGAGAUUGAAAUUGCCAAGCAAUUGACAAGUAUCCUGAAGACUAAUGUUAGAGCGUGUAAAGCCUUAAAUCACGCAUAUGUUCUUCAAUUGGGCAGAAUUUAUUUAGAUAUGUUAAACGUUUAUAAGGUUAUGUCUGAAAACAUAACGGCAGCUAUUCAACUGAACGGCGAGGCCGUAAUGAAGCAACCGUUGAUAAAAUCGAUGAGGGCCGUGAAGAAAGAAACAUUGAAAUUAAUCUCAGAUUGGAUAUCUCGAUCGACCGACAACACGAUGGUACUCGACAGUUUCAUUCCUCCAUUCUUGGACGCUGUUUUGUUGGAUUAUCAGAGAACGCCUGUUCCGGUGGCGAGGGAACCGGAAGUGUUAAGUGCAAUUGCGACGAUUGUUAACAGGCUUGAGGGACACAUCACAAUGGAGGUCCCGAAGAUAUUCGACGCAGUGUUCGAAUGCACCCUAGAAAUGAUCAACAAAGACUUCGAGGAAUACCCGGAGCACCGUACAAACUUCUUCUUACUCCUUCAAGCGGUUAACAACCACUGUUUCGGAGCCUUCCUCAAUAUCCCCCCUACGCAAUUUAAGUUGGUACUCGACAGCAUAAUAUGGGCGUUCAAGCACACCAUGCGGAAUGUCGCCGACAUAGGAUUGCAGAUUUUGUUGAAGCUACUACAGAACAUCGAACAGCACGAAUCGGCAGCCCCAAGUUUCUACCAGACCUACCUGACUGACAUCUUGCAACAUAUAUUUUCAGUUGUGACGGACACAUCUCAUUCGUCCGGACUUUCUAUGCACGCUACGAUCUUGGCUUCCAUUUUCACGUUGGUAGAAUCAGGAGGCGUGAAUUGCCAACUGGGACCCAGACCAGAUAACGUUCUGUACAUACAAGAGUUUACAGCAACUCUGUUGAAAUCUGCCUUCCCACAUCUUACAGAUAAUCAAAUUAAGAUCACUGUCCAGGGAAUGUUCAAUUUAGAUCAAGAUAUACCUCAGUUUAAAGAACAUUUGCGAGAUUUCUUAGUGCAGAUUAGGGAAUAUACCGGAGAAGACGAUUCAGACUUGUUCUUGGAAGAACGAGAAAAAGCUCUGGAAGUCGCCCAAGCGGAAAAACGACGCAUCGAGCUGUCCGUGCCCGGUAUACUCAAUCCCCACGAAGUACCAGAAGAGAUGCAAGACUAACCGACAUCUCAUAGAGAACUGUGUAAUUAAUCUAAAAAUACAGGAUGUCCCGUAAAAAUAUCACUUUUAUAAGUUUACGUGUUAAAUUCUAUUUAGAAUGUGAUCGGUAAGGGGAUCUUGUUACGAAGUUAACAGCUGUUGCUAUUUUACAGAGCUGGAUUCUCAUUUAAGUUAAACAAAGCUGUUUCCGUACGUUUAUGAUAAAAUUCU